AAUAAAAAAUAUAGAAUUUAUAUCGUUUAGGCACUGUGAGAACAAAAAUUAACGGCAACACUGCUUCGCUUUAUGACAAAAGUGUUUGCCUUGUUUUGUGACGUUUAAAAAUGCGAAAGAGAGAACUGAAUAUAAGAACUAAUUCAGUUGGCUCCGUUGCUCCUGAGGAAAGAGCCGCUGUUCAACAACUGAGCGAUUUUAUGCUGCAACUGGAGGAUUACGUACCCACAGUGCCAGAUGCAGUAACUGCUUGUUACCUAAAUUCUGCAGGAUUCGAGUCAAAUGAUCCGCGUAUUGUUCGUCUUAUAUCAGUGGCUACACAAAAAUUUAUUUCCGAUGUCGCCAAUGACGCAUUACAGCAAUGCAAAACUCGCUGUAAUAGUCAAAGCAACACGCCUGGUACACAUACACCGGGACAAAAACCAGCAAAAGAUCGAAAAUAUACUUUAACCAUGGACGACUUAGCGCCCGCACUUGCAGACUAUGGUAUAACAGUGAGGAAAGCACAGUAUUUCCCAUGAGAAAAAUGCAGAUAUAUUAUUGUAAUGGCUUUUUAUUAUACAUUCUAUCAUGAUUAUUCACAUGAAAUAAAUUUAAAAAUAAAUGAAGUUGAA